GGGAAGUUAUUGUGUUAACAUUUGAAUAAAACAGAACCAAGUUAAGAGUAAACAUUGAAGAAUGGUUUUAUUGUGGGACUCAUUUGCAUGUUCAGAAUGAGGAGGAAGAGUUGGUGCCAUUUCCACAGACAGAGGGCCGCGACACAGAGCAGCGCUGGACACGUACUCAGUUUCCCCUUCAGAUCACGAUGCAGUGUCUGGGGCCUGUCAUAAUUGUAUGUGCGCUCACAGGGUGCUGGGCCCAUGACUACAUCUUUGUCCAUGAGAACAGGACCUGGGUGGAGGCUCAGAGGUACUGCAGGGAAAACUACUCUGACCUGGCCACAGUCUGGAGUGAGUGGGACCUCUGGGAGCUCUGUGCUGAAGAACUGAACUGUACCGGUGCCUGGAUCGGCCUGAACAACCAGCAACGCAACCGGAUCCGGAAGUGGCACUGGUCUCAGGUGGGACAGGAGUACACAGAGCGCCCACUGAGGUGGAGGUCAGAAAAAACAUCUGAUCAGCAGGAGAAGAUGGAGAACUGUGUGUCCAUCCAUUCUGACCUGAGCCUGUCUCUCCAGUCCUGCUGCAGCACCCAGCAAUUCAUCUGCUACGAUGAUCGAUCCAACAUCUCUGAGGUGAUCCACAGAAGCAUGACGUGGUCUGAGGCUCUGCACUUCUGCAGACAGAUGAGCGUAGACCUGCUCAGCGGAUGGUCUCAGCUCCUGGAUCCUGUCCUGAAGGACAAGAUCCAAGCUCAUGAAGACAGUUCCUGGUGGGUGGGGCUCUUCAGAGACCCCUGGACCUGGUCUAACCUCACAUCCUCCUUCAGACACUGGCACCACCAACACGGCUUUAUGUGUGGAAAUGCCAGUUUUACCGAUGGACAGUGUGCCCGAGUGGGGCCUAAGGGCACAUGGACCACUGCCAACUGUACAGAGAAGAACCCGUUCAUCUGCUACAACCCCAAACCCCUGAAACUGACCCUAGUGAGACAGAACCUGACCUGGGAGGAGGCUUCGGCCUACUGCGCACACAAUCACAGCCGCCUGCUCUCCAUCACCAGCAGGGGGCAGCAGACGCAGGCGGAGCAGGCAGCCCGGCAGGCCCACAGCGAGGCGGUGUGGCUGGGGGCUCACUACACCUGCCUCCUGGACCUGUGGCUGUGGAGCAAUGGAGAGUUCAUGGUCUUCAAGCAGUGGAGCAAACCCGAGGAGGAGAGCCAGUGUGGGCAGGCAGCAGCCAUGGGGAGAGGGGGGAAGUGGGUGAAGAAGGACCAGGAAAAGAGGUACAACUUCAUCUGUGUACAGUGA